AUGGAUUCACCUGCCUAUCAGCUCCCGGACGGUAUCAGAGGGCGGACCGUGCCCAUCAGGGACCUCGAUAUGCACAUUCUGGAGACCGGCGACUCAUCUUCCCCUCUUCUUCUCCUACUCCACGGAUUCCCCGAACUCUCUGUAUCCUGGCGCAAAGUUAUGUUACCUCUCGCUGCAUUAGGAUAUCGAGUCGUCGCUCCCGACCAGAGGGGCUAUGGGAGAACCACACCACGCACGGGGUAUACCCGCCCCAUCUCUUACGAGGAUGACCUUCAGCCAUUUAAAAUGAUUAACCUUGUGACUGACAUCGUCGCUCUUGCCUAUGCACUUGGGUAUCGUACUGUCUCCUCGGUAGUGGGCCACGACUUUGGCUCUGGCGUUGCAGGAUACUGCGCUCUCAUCCGACCAGAUGUGUUCAAGUCUGUGGUGCUAAUGAGCGCACCGUUCACGGGGCCUCCUUCUCUGCCUUUUGACGUCGACAACCCUCACUCGCCCGCCACUGAGCAGCUCACGUCACUUGCACAAAUGGUUGAUGUGGCUCUAGCGGCGCUUCAACCCCCGCGGAAACACUACACCGCGUAUUUCAGCGGACCAGACGCAAACGCAGACAUGGUGCAUGCGCCCCAAGGCCUCUCCGCGUUUCUGGGUGCAUACUUUCAUAUGAAGAGCGCAGACUGGCCGGAGAAUGACCCGCAUCCACUUGGUGCUCCGAACAUCGCCAACCUAGCUACGAUGCCUCAUUACUACAUCAUGCCCCUCGAAGCUACCAUGGCUGACGUGGUGCAGCGCGGAGCCCCUUCAAAAGACGAAGCCGAGCGCAAUUCUUGGCUGCCGGAUGCUGAGCUCGCGCUGUUUACCGCACAGUUCGGUCACACCGGGUUCCAGGGCGGAUUGAAUUGGUACCGCUGCAUGCGCGACGCGCAGUUGUCUCGAGGGUUGACCGUUUUCGCGGGAAAGCGGAUUGAAGUGCCGGCGAUGUAUUUGUCAGGGAAGAAGGAUUGGGGGGUCUAUCAGACCCCUGGAGCCGCGGAGAAAAUGCGGUACGAUGUUUGUGCGCAGAUGGAAGAAGAGGAUUUCGUGUUGGUGGAGGGCGCGGGUCAUUGGGUACAGCAAGAGCAGCCUGAGCAAGUGAUUGCGCAUUUGGCGCGAUUUUUGAACAAAGUGAAGCAGUAG